AUGGAACACUUUCCCACAAGCAGAACCCAAGCCCUCGAUCCCAAGAUAGGUGGCGGGGAGGCCUUCCCUGAGGGAUUCCGCUGCCGAGAGAACAAGCCCGGCUCCUUCCCCAGGCAGCCUAACGGCACCGCGCAGCGCGACCCCCGCGCAGCAGCAGCAGGAGGAGCGGAGCCCAGCGCAGCCUGGAGCCCCGCAGCCCCGAGCCCUGGCUGGGUGGAGGCGGCGAGCACCGAGCGCGUCUUCACUCCUUCCAACGCGCUGGUGGGGCUGCGUCUGAAGCUGCGCUGCACGCCCGGGGACGGGGCGCAGCGCUACGGGCCGCCCUGCGAGGUGGAGAGCAGCGGCCCCGUGGAGGCCGCGCCCGGAGCCUGCACCUUCGACUCCCGGCACCUCUACACCAGGAAGGUCUGCGGGGAGGGCUCCAUUCGCGCUGUCUCCUACAACAUCUUGGCCGACGCCUACGCCCAAACGGAGUUCUCCCGCACCGUUCUCUACCCGUACUGCGCCCCGUACGCCCUGGAGCUCGAUUACCGGCAGAACCUCCUCAAGAAGGAGCUGGCGGGCUACAAUGCCGACCUCAUCUGCUUGCAAGAAGUGGAUAAGUCCGUCUUCGUGGAUAGCUUGGCUCCAGCCCUCGAUGCGUUUGGACUCGAAGGGCUCUUCAAGAUCAAGGAGAAGCAGCACGAAGGCCUGGCUACUUUCUACCGCAGGGACAAGUUUAACCUCCUCAGCCAGCACGACAUAGCUUUCAGCGAAGUCCUGCUCUCGGACCCGCUGCAAAAGGAGCUGGGCGAGAAGCUGGCCGAGUACCCUCUGGUGAAGGAGAAGGUGCUGCAGAGGUCAUCUGUGCUGCAGGUGUCAGUUCUUCAGUCUACAAUUGAUCCUUCCAGGAAGAUUUGUGUAGCUAAUACCCACCUAUACUGGCAUCCAAAAGGUGGGAACAUCCGUCUCAUCCAAAUUGCUGUAGCCUUGUCUCACAUCAAGCAUGUAGCCUGUGACUUGUAUCUUAGCAUACCAGUCAUAUUCUGUGGAGAUUUUAAUAGUACACCAUCGUCUGGAACAUACAGUUUUAUUAAAAGUGGUGCCAUUGCUGAAGAUCAUGAAGACUGGCUCUCAAAUGGUGAAGAGGAAAAGUGCAAUAUGCCUCUAAACCAUUCUUUCAAACUGCUCAGUGCUUGCGGAGAACCUGCUUAUACAAACUAUGUUGGUGGGUUUCAUGGGUGUCUGGACUACAUUUUCAUUGACAAAAAUGCACUAGAGGUGGAACAGGUCAUUCCAUUACCAAGUCAUGCAGAAGUAACCACCCAUCAGGCUUUGCCAAGUGUUUCGCAUCCUUCUGAUCACAUAGCACUAAUAUGUGACUUAAAGUGGAAAUAGAUGAGCCCUUGCAUGGUGCUUUUUGGGAUUUUCAAACAAGAACAUGAAUUUACUGCUGGGGAAGUG